UCAGGUAUAUGCUUCAGCACUUGCCUUCAGCCCUGCCAGAAGCAUGACACGAAAUCUAUUCAAGAGAGAAGAAGUGAGGUGGAUUACUGCCGGGCCGGUUGUAGAAGAAGAUUGGAAUGCAUGCAGACAGACGCUCGAGGGGCAUAGCAGUCGGGUCAGAUCCGUCGCGUUCCCGCCCGACUCGAAGAAGGGACUCGGAAAAUUCGCUGUGGCUUCCUCCAGGAUGUCGGUCGACAUUUUCUCUCUCUUUUUUUUUCUAUCAUAGCGUGCUACAGGAGGGGUCUGGGGGGCUCCUUUAACUUAUGAUUGUUGUAGUGAAACGGGGAUUCUUGAAACCCCUAACUUGGGAUUCCCUGCUCAAAGUAGCCACUGCAUUCUGUUUUUCUUUACGGUUGCGUUGCGUUGCCCUGGGUAGGCAUAUAAGUAGUGGUUGCUUCCCCCCGUCUCGCGUGGACAGGUUUAGUCAACCAUUCCCUGCUC